AUGGAGAUAAGAUUGGAAGUUUUGACAUCAACAAGUAUCAAGCAGAAAAAACCCUGGCCACGAGUCUCCUGGUUGGGACAGGAAAAUGAAGCUGUUUUUCUUUUGGAUGAUAAAUUCAUAAAUGAAAUUAAUUUGCUCUCAGGAAGGACAAAGAAGAAAAUUCCUAGUCUGCAGCCUUUGUUGAAGGAUGUUGUUGUCCUAACAACGUCCAAUAAUGAUGCCUGGCUGGCUGGGGUACUCACUACUGGGGAACUUUUCCUUUGGAACAAAGAUCAAGAUUGUUUGAAAACUAUACAAGUAACUGAAAAGCCUAAGGAAAUGAUUAAAGCUACAAUAGCAAACUCUUUGCAACUGUACUUGUAUGUAUCUGGAAGUGGGAAAAGAGUUCUGCUUGUAACACCUUCUGGAUGCAUAUUGCUUUGGGAAUAUUUGGAAUCAAAGAAUAUUUUAUCUUCUAAAAGCCUUUCAUUGGUGGGUCCAUGGUCCCAGAUCAUACCUGAAGAAGCAAUUCUUUUGCCUUCCACUGAAGAUAAAGAAGCUGUAGUGAAUGCUGUUUUUAUAAAAAAUGAGUUAUUUGGAGACUGCUGCCUGUGUUCAUUUACUUUUUAUUCUGGGGAAUGUUUGAAGUUAAUAUUUCUAGCAGUUCAGUGGCAUGAAAAUGCAUUUACACCUACAAGAUCAUUGCCAUACCAUGUUCAUUGGGCACAACAAGACUGUCAUCUGUGCAGUCUAAUUCCUAAAUGUGAAUCAGUAAAGUCAAGAGGAGCUCUAAUUUCUGCCUUUUCAAGAGACGGCCUUACUCUGGCAGUUACUCUUAAUCAGAAAGAUCCAAAGGCAACUCAGGUAUUACUUAUAAACACGGUGAAUUUUAUUACUCUUUGUGGUAGCCUUAAAGGAUGUAGUAAUAAGAAUCCUGUGGUUCCAGCUACACUUAUUAGGUCCUACUGGGUAGGUGAUAUCAGCUGGACGCAUGAUAGUCUUUUUCUGGCUUGUAUGUUAAAACGUGGCUCCCUGGUUUUAUUGACCUGCCAAGGUGAAUUGCUGACAUUAAUUACAUUUGGCUGCUCUGUAGAAUUUGGGCCAGCAGAAUUUAUUCCUCUUCAUCCACUAAUAACAUAUAGACCACAGCAGUUUACAUUUCAAGAUUCAAAUAAUUCUGUAGAUUCGUCAGCUUCUGAUAGUGACCCUAUGAGACAGAGAUUUUCUAUAAAAGCACACUCAAGGUUACCCUACCUCCUUGUUUCUGAUGGAUACAUGGUCACAACCCUUCGAUUUCUUGAUAACCUGUCUCCAUCAGUGCUCAUGAGAUCACUUCUACUUGAUUCAACCCAAAGGCUUGAGAAAACAUACCAAAGUGUGAUAUUGUCUAAGCCAAAAGGCAAAGGGCUGAACUUGCAAUCACUGGAAUCCUUAAGGUCUAGCCUGUUAAAACACCAAGGAAAUGAAAGUUCAGCUGAUUCCACUGUCCCCAAAUUCUUACAGGCAGAAGAAAUAAUGAAGUUAAAUGGAAAAACAGAUUUUCAGGAUUUUGAAGCAGAAGAAACUAACGAAGGCAAACACUUUCCAAACAACUUAUUUCCUUUUUGGAACCAAAAAAAUAAUCUGCUGUUUAGUAGCGUCAAGGAGGGAAGAUUGGAAUUUGCAUCUAUGUUUGAUACAAUACGUGCAAAGGAUGAUACCGAGGAAACAGAUGGAACCAUUACAGAACUGCAUUAUAUUCAGAAAAAUCUACUUGCAGCAUGGACUAUAGGAAUUUCAAAAAAUGUGACAGAAAAAAAUUUAAUGUUAAAUUACACAGUAGUUUGUAUCACUCAUUUUUUCUACAUUCUUCAAUUUGUAAAAUAUCCUUUCCCCAAACUUGAUUUUUUUUUAAGCAAGAGCCCAAGACAUAAUGCAUGGGUACUUGGUAUCUUUCAACUUUUUCAUCGGUGUUUAUCAAUCCAGUAUUGGGAUGUGAGAUACAAACAAGAUGUGGGACAUUUGAUAAAGCUGACUUCAAAUACUAUUAAGCUUUUGCUGACCCAGCAACAAAAGGGUCAGUUUUUCUCAGAGAAACUUUUAGCCUGUUUUUAUUUACUGAAAAUGGUAGCUGACAGUUUAAAUGGUGUGUACAGUCUUCAACCUGAAGUUAUUUCAGCAUCAACUGAUGGAAGUAGAACAGCAGAUCGAGACUCAUUGGUGGUACCUAUUUUUCAAAUGUUUCGAGAUGGCAUUUCUCAAGAAAACUGGUCUUGGAACUCAUCUUUCAAGAUUCGUCCUCAAGUAAUAAAUCGUGUUCAACAGCCAGGACACAGAUUGAUUGUUCUUUGGAGAGUACUGUACAAAAAAACUUUAUGGUAUCAAGCACUAUUAAGUCAAAGAGUUCAUGAAGGCGACAGACCAUUAACUGAAAAGGUGAUACAUGAAGAAUCUACUGUCAAGUCCCUGUUAUGUCAUAUACAGGCUAACUUACAGACUGCUGGAGAUUGCUUAAACCAAACCUUAGAACUUAAAUCUAUCUAUGGUGAAGAGUGUUUCCUAUUAGGAUCAUAUGAAAAGUCUGUUCAGCAUUGGAAGAAAGCUCUACAAGAAAUCCAAGAGAAAGGAGGAAAAAGGACAUGUUUUCUUCAGAUGCGCUAUUAUCUUUCUCUCUUAUACUGCCACCUCUAUAGCUAUAAUUUAAAUGAUGCUCAAGGAUUGUGUGAUCAGCUAGUGAGAGAAAUACUGAGAUGGUCCCAACUACCUGUAAAAGAAAAUGAAGAUUGUUCAGUUCCUGAGAAGUCUCACAGUGAGUCUGGACUGAGAGGAAAUGUUCAUCCUGAGGCAGCAAUAACAGUUAUCCAAUCCAUGGCUCGCUUCAUGGCCGCCUACUUCACCAAUCAGCUGCUUUGCAUUUUGCCACCUCACAAUGUGAAUAUUCUUCCUCCACUUCAUAUAGAAACAGAGCAGUCCCUUCGACUUAUUCCUCUGCAACACUCUAAGGUGGCCAGUGUUGUUAGAGAUCAGAAUCUCUCUAAUGUGUGGACAGUUGAAUAUGCCCUUGAAUUAUUAUUUAUUGGUGGCCUGGUUCCAGAGGCUGUGUGGUUGGCAUAUAAACUUGGAGACUGGAAGACAUCUGUUUCAAUUGGUGUGGCCUUCCAACUGUUCUGUAAGCAUGAUAGCAAUUUCAUGAGGUCCAAGAAAAAGAGUCUGAAUCUACCAUUAAAUAUGACUCCAGCCCAGAUUUUCCAGGAAAAACUGCAGUGCUUUUUAGGGCAGCCAGCUUCUUUGGAAGGGAAAAAUGAAAUAGUUUCAAAAUAUAAACAGUUUACAGAUCCCAUUGAAGAGGAAGAUGCAAAUCUGCUAUUUGGUUCAGUGCAAGAAGUACUGAAAGCAGCAGUUAUGGCUGAUGCAGAUAUUCUUUCAGAGACAUUUCAGCUUCUGAUAGACUCUGCCAAGGACUUCAGUAAGAGACUGUGGGGCUUGGUUCCGGUAGGCUUGUAUCUUCCAGCUCCUCCAUUAUAUUGUCCCCAGCCAGCUAUUCUUAGUGAAGAAGAUGGUGAUGAUCUUCUUUUAAAGGCUGAAAAAGAUAUUCGUCAAAAGGUGUCUGGAAUCCUUCAGCGUGUUCUCUUGCUCUUCCGGGCAGCUCGGUGUUCUUUCCCUGCAGCACAGUGGUACAUCUUGCAGCUGAGAUGGGCGAGAAAAGUCAUGCAAAAGAUUCGAAUGAAAGCAUCACUUCCUUCAUUGAGUCCUUUCCCUCAGUCGUUACUUAAUUACUGUAAAGGAGGUGUAGCAUUCUUUAGACCUGGACCAACUGGAGACCACAAGCUUGAUGAAGUUUUCAUUAGAGCAAUAGGUUGCUUCAGAGAACUUUGUGCUUUGUGUUGGAUGCUGCAUAUCCGUGAUAAGUUAUCCCAUAGUUGCAGGCAAUAUCAGAAAGCAAGAGAAAAUGUGAGGGGAGAAAAGGACUUCGAAGUGGAGUUUGAUUCUUGUAUGGUUGAGCACUGUCUCAGUGCGGUGGAAUGGGCUUAUAGAAUGCUACCUUUUUGUCGGUUUUUUAAUAUUGAAGAACUUAUUCAGGAUAUAAUUUUGAGCCUUAUUGGAGAACUGCCACCAAUCAGAAAGGUAGCAGAAAUUUUGGUGAAAGCAUUUCCCAAUCCUGAGGACAUAAAGGUUCCUUUAAGAGAAAAAUAUCACUCUCUUCAACAGAGACUCAGACCCUGUGUUGUGAAAGGUCCCCAGACUGAGGAAAUGUCUGUUAUCAUGCAUUCUAUCCAUAAAGUGAGGGUGAAAGCCCUAAAACGUGUGCAGAGAAAUAUAGGUUCUUUUGAAAUGAAUAUAUGGGAACCAAUUGAAGAAGAAAAACCAGAUGAGGCCCCAGGUUUUGACAGGUUUUCCCUGGGAACUACUUUGAGUAGAAGUACACCCACUGAACAGGGGAAUUCUCUGGUUCACAGUGAUGCAGAUACAGCUGAUACGUUCUCUGAAGCUUUGUCGGUUGAAGAAAAAAGGGUACAUUCCUAUCAAAGAAAUGCUUCAAAUCACAUGGAAUUAACAUCGACUGGAAAGCCCAGUGAUAAAAAGAAAAUAUAUAAUCAGAAAGAAAACCCUGAAAAGAAAGAUCGUGAAAAGUUAUUACAAAAUGCCCUUCCCGUAGUAGGUGUUUGGGAAUUUGAACGUGAUGAUGAUGAAUAUAUUAAAUUCCUUGAUCUCUUCUUGAGUUACGUUCUUGAAAGAGACCUGCUUAGUUCCAGGGAUCCUGGCAUUCCAUUUCUAACGAGCUUUUCUGGACAGCUUAGAGAACAUGAACUUAAUUCUUUACUUUUUGAUGUGCAUACAACACUGAAACGACGUCAGGGCGGAACCAAAAGCCAGAAUGUGUUUAGAGCUGGCUCUUGCUUUGUUGUUGCUUCUGAGUCAUAUGAAUCUGAAAAAUCAUCCUCUUUAAAUGAUGAAUGUGCCACAAAUUUAGAAAACCAGGCACUUUCAGCUUCAGUACUGGUUAAUCAAGGGAUCAGACCUUUUUUAGAGAACUCUUUGAAUGAAGUGAAUAAAAAUGAAGGAAAGAGUGGAUUGUUUGAUUUAAAACAAAAGUCCAUUUACAGAAAACAAGGUGACAAUCGAGAGAAACCUCUAACCCAGAGAUCAUCAAACCACAUUUUUUGGACUCCCAAGUCCAUUAAAACUAGAAGAUGUAUUUUCACAGCAAUUCAGUGUAAUGAUAUUAACCCUCAAGAAGAUCUUCCUCUAGCACUGAAUAACACAUUUGGCAGUGUAGGAAGACUGCUGGAAUGGAUGAUAAGAUGGUCUGAUAGAAGACUACUCUGUGAUUCUGGUGUAAGUGAGUCAUCCUGUGAGUACAGUCCAGUAAUUCGGGUAAAGACCACUACAGCUGCCAUUCUUACAUCGUUAUGGCUUUUGAAACAACCCUAUUUUGCUACAUAUAAGGCAAAAAAUGACAUUAUUAAGGUGCUAGAUAAUCAUUACACUGGGCCUCAGAUGGGACCCAAUAUUGAGAGGGAGAGUGAAACAGAUGCUGGCUGUUCAGUUGCACUGGCAACUCAAGGUGGGACUGAGGAACGAAAUGAUCAGAAUGGAUAUUGUCAAAGUAUCUUCAACAGAAUGCCAAGUGAAGCAAAAAAUCCUGAAAUAAGAGAAAUCAAUGAUAUUAUUUCCAUCACUCAUAAUACUGAAAAAGAAUUCAUAAAUAUUGAUGAAGAUCUUUUAGAAGUAGAAACAUAUACACAGAAGGAAAUGGAUAUACACAUAUCAGACUGUGAAGAAGAUGCCAAAGGACCUGUUGAAAGUCUCAAAAGUCCCAAUAUAGCCAUUUGCAUGCUGACUUUACCACAGCAGUUAGAAGAACAUUCCACAGAAAAGGUUUGUUGUCCAAGGGAAGAACCAUUAGAGACAAAUAGGGAGAAGAAAUCAACUGAACAGAAAGGUAUGAUCGAAGACUUUUCAGAUUCUGAAUAUGCCAUUCCUCAGUCAUUUUGUGCAGAUACAAGUUCAGAAAUUUCUGGUGCUCAGAUUUCUGCAUUUAAAGAUCGGUCUUCCUCAGUUCCACCUCUGGUAUCAAAUGGCAUCAAUGUUGCUUCACAAACACCUGUUCCAACACCUCAGAAGACCCAGAGAAAUGAACACAAUGCUGAAAUACCAGAUUCUUCAGAUUCUGUUAGGCAGAUGCUCCGAGAUGAAAUGUUUAAAUUAGUUCAGCUGCAGCAGAUCAACUUCAUGAGCCUAAUGCAAAUAGUAGGAUCAUCCUUUGCUAACCUCCCCGAUAUACAUCAACUUCUACAGCAGUCUCAUUCUGUGCAUUUAGGGGAAAGCCAAGUAUCAAACCCCAUAAGAGGGAGUGGUGAUGUUGAAGAUAGCAGUAGAAAUCUUAAGGAGAGAUUUUUCAUUAAACCACAGUCCAUAGGAGAGUACACCAGACAGCCUGGCAAGAACAGCCCACACUGCCAUGAAGGAAUUAUUCAAUCUGAUCAAAAUAAUAAUGGAAAUUUACAGAAUGUUCCACAUGAGAAUAUUCCUUUAUGUCAAUUAGACGACCAACCCGAGAAGAGAAGACUAACUCCAGCAUCUCAAAGCUUACCACCCAUUUUGUUUUCCUCAGCCCCCACUGGAAAUUCUCACCUCCACCUUUUGUCCACACCUUCUGCCAUUCAGGAGACACCUAGACUUCUCCCUCUUGCAAAAAGUUUUAGUCCUGGUGGUGGUUUUCCUUUGCUUCAAUUUCAGUCUAAGCACGAAAUCAGGCCCCUUUCCUUACAUACAGGAAGUGCUCCACAAGUUCCCCUUAGGCCUCUGCCACAACCAAGAGAGGCUUGGGGAUUAUCUGAUUCCUUCCAACCUCCUCUGCCACAGAGAGUAGUACAUACUACUUCAGUAUCCCAUUUGAAUUUAAGUCAGUAUGAUACUGAAGCCAUAAACGAAACAGUUGAGCAGAAGAAAUGGGAAGAAUCUGUAACUACGGAAAUCCCUAAGCACAUGAACUGGGAUCAGUAUGUUGGACGAGAAAAUGUGACACCUCAACAGGACUCUUCAGUAUUUAUGAAAACGGAAACACUGUUUGAUGUUAAGUCAGGGCCCCUUGAGACAUCUCCUCAGAAUUCCUUUGGACUUCCAUCAUUACACCUGCCACUUAAACCUCCUUGUAUAUUUUCAUCAACCUCAAGAGCAUCUGUUCCCUCAACACCUAUCAGAACUGUAGUAGAAGAAAGAAAAUACCCAAGACUACUUCAUUCAUGUCUCUACCCAGAAAUUAUGUACAAAAAACCAGAACUUAUCCCACUUGAAAACCUCAUUGCAUUUAAACAAAGCCAACAGAAACUAAAACAGAAUUUAUUUGAAAAAGGUGAUUCUGGCCACCUUCAGCUUCUAAAGGUCAAAACAUUACCAUCUGAAGUAAGACAAGGAAAGGACAGCAAAAAAAGGCAAAGAAGACGAGCUGAGAAGGACCUGCAAGAAAAAAGAUCUGAAAAACUGAAGAGAAAACCAAAUGUAACUUUCCGACCAGAGGAUUCCAUCAUUAAUAAUGAUGAUUCAGAAAUCUUUGUGAAACCCAAGGAACAAGAAGAACAUCAUGGUUCCCGGCCUUUGGAUGACUUUGACAUUCCUUUUGAAAUGCUACAAGAUGAUGUGAAUACUUCAGCUGGAUUGCAUUUCAUGGCCUCUGUAAGAAAGAAAGCUAAAGGAAGUCAAGAUGCAAGUACAAAUACAGACCUAGAACAUGAACCUCUAAAUGUUCCUCAGCUGUUGGUUCCAGAUGUGCAUCUAAAUCUCAGACUUUCCACUGGAAUAUCAGAGAAAUCUUUGUCACCUUCACCUCAUAUGGUAACAAAUUUGCUUUGUGUUGGACACACUUAUAUAAAAGUGAUUGACAUUGAAGCUGAUGAUCUUCUUCAGAAAUUACCUGUCAGAGAAGAGCCUUCAAAUGAUAACAUUAUCGAGCGUCAAAGCGAUCAUCUAGAAAUCCCAUCGUCUGCAGAGUUACAUUAUAUGGCAGCUUCAGUUACUCAUGCUAUUCCCCAACACAAUUUUAAGAGUAAAGAAGUGACUCCAGCCUGUCUGGAUGGAAAAAGCUGGAGAGCAGGCAUUACAGAAACAAAGGAGCCUGGUAUUACCUCACCUACACCAUCAGACAUACAGCAGGGCAAAGAUCUGCCAAAACUAGAGUUUCAGUUCAAAGAACAGAGCACAAAGACAGACUCUGCAGAAGAUUAUGUGUUACGGAAACUGCUGCAGGAUGUCUCUGCAGCUUGCACUGCACCAAGCCCUGCAGCUCGCCGAUUAGAGCAUCUCACCUCUAAGCUUCAGAAAAUUGAUGAACAGCUCUUAGCAAUACAGAACAUUGCUGAAAACAUAGAGCAGGAUUUCCCCAGACCUGAAAUGCUAGAUCUACAUCAUGAUAAGGUUGAACCAGUGGAUCACAUUGAAUUGUCUUCUGGCCCUGAAUUUGAAAGAAUACUACCUUCAAAAACAAUUAGAAUUUCUGAAGAAGUGUGUUUCCUUACUCAUAUGGAUGAGGAAGAUCAAAGUGACAAAGAGGAGACUUCUGAAGCUGUAUUUUCAGUAAAAGAAAAUGAUUCUAAUCAGAAAACCUGUGUGUUUCCUUCUGCCAGUUCAGCUGUCAGCCUUUCCAGUGACCAGAAUACAACUUCUCCUGGUGUGAAUAACAGUGAUGAAUUAUUUGAGAGUGUUUCAGUAGAUCCACUCCAGAUGACUGGAUUGACUGAUAUUGCAGACAUUAUUGAUGACCUUAUAACUAAAGGUGGAGUUUCCAGUGAAGAGCUUGGCUUAACAGAACAACAAGCCAGGAGUAUCUCCAGGAUUCAGCAUUCUUCUAGCAGACGUCCACAAAGAACUGAGAAGGAGAGAAGAGAGAUUCGAGUCUGGAUGAAAAGAAAACGAAAAGAAAGAAUGGCAGAGUACCUAAAUCAGCUGGCUGAGAAGAGAGGGCGAGAACAUGACCCUUUCUGCCCCAGAAGCAAUCCAUUUUACAUGACUUCAAGGGAGAUAAGACUGAGACAAAAGAUGAAGCAUGAAAAAGACAGAUUGCUGCUCUCUGACCACUAUAGUCGUCGAAUCUCACAGGCAUACAGUCUGAUGAAUGAACUGUUAUCUGAAUCAGUACAACUACCAGCAACUGCACAGAAAUCAUUGCCUAACAAACCCAGCACUGCUCAGUCUUCCAGAUGGCAAUGCAGCCCUUCUCCAAGAGGAGAGAAUCAACUUUGUCACUAUUUUCCGAUAAAUCAAUUUGGAAAAGACAGACAUAUGUCAAAACCAAGUUAUGCCCAUAAGGGGAAACCUUUCAGACAACCUCAAGGCUCACCUCGGCCACGUGGAACUGUCACUUUUACCAUGCAGAAAAAAGCUCGUGGAGCCAAAGCAGCAGUAAGAAAGCCCGUGCCUCCAGUUACUUUCCAAAAAAGCUCUAAUGCUCCAUGUCGUAAUCCACAGCAUACAAAAAAGCAUGGAAGUGCUGGGCUUGCACCUCCAACCAAGCAGGUGUGUAUAGAGUACGAGACAGAGGAGACUGUGGUGAGUCCCUGGCCGUUACCUUCAGAAAUCCGUAAGAUUCUUCAUAAGAGUCACAGUUCCCUUCUACAAGGCUUGUCAUCAACUGAAGAGGAAGAGCAAGAGCAAGAGCCUCCUUUUGGGGUGAGUGGCAUGGACAGCAUGUCUGAGAGCACUGGCAGUAUCCUCAGCAAGCUUGACUGGAAUGCCAUUGAAGACAUGGUGGCCAGCCUGGAGGACAAGAGCCUGCUUGUCCACAGGGCCCUGGACCUGUAAGACCUGGGUAUCAUUCUGUUUCCAAACACAAGCCAGCGCCUCAGUAAUGUGGUUCUUGAAGAUUUGUGGGUUUAAGGGAGCAAAGCGAUGUGGAUUUACUAUCUGGAGCCACAUAAUUACCUGGACUAGCCAUUUUGAAAUGGAAAAUAAACAUUUCUCAGUAAUUUUGCCUUCGUGGGGAAAGGGUUAUUUAACUAUAGAUGUGUUUAUUACAUGUUUUCACAAGUGACUCAUCUUUAGGCAUAAUUAAAAAAUAAGUACCUUUCAAGCCAACUUUGCAUGAUAUUUAAACUACUUUCAAUAAAAAUC